CUUUUACAUGAAUGGAUGCCAGUGUCAAUGCCCAAAUCCCUUUUAUAUGAAGAUGGUGAGAAGGCAACUAUGAGCAUUCCUCAAUGUUAACUGCAGGUAUGCCAUAUCAGAUUUCAUAACUGCAUUUAGAAGGUGAAAAAAUGGCUGCAAAUGGCAAAGGAGAUGAAUUACUGCAAGUACCCACAAGCAGAAGGUUUGAAAUGGGCAAAAGCUUAGAAGGAAAAGUGGCUAUAAUAACUGGUGCAGCAAGAGGAAUUGGUGCAGCUUGUGCAAAGAAAUUUGCAGAGAACGGGGCAAAAGUGAUUGUAGCAGACAUUCUGGACGAAGUGGGGAGAAAACUGUGCACAGAGAUCAUCCCAUCUGCAGAAUACAUACACUGUGACGUGUCGAAGGAAGAGGAGGUGGCGGCAAUGGUGGAGAGGGCAGUAAAAGACUACGGGCGGCUGGACAUAAUGUUCAACAAUGCUGGCGUGCCAGGGCAGCCAGGAAGCAUCAUGAACAUCGACAUGAAGCGGAUAGAUACUGUGCUGGCCAUCAAUGUAAAAGGGACAGUGAAUGGCAUAAAACAUGCAGCUCGCGCAAUGGUGGCAGCAAAGAGAGGCGGGUGCAUUCUGUGCACAACCAGCUCUGCAGCUCUCAUGGGGGGCUUGGGAUUUCACGACUAUUCAAUGAGCAAGGAGGCCAUAUUGGGGGUUGCCAGGACAGCUGCAUGUGAACUAGGGGAGUACGGAAUCAGGGUGAACUGCAUAUCUCCCCAUGGGGUGCCCUCCGAGAUGCUGGUGGCGGGAACCAGAAUGGUUGUGGGCAACCAUGUCACCGCCCAGGAGGUAAGGGCGGGCGUGGCAUUUGAAGGGAGCCUGUUGCAAGGCAGAAGUGCUACGGAGGAGGACAUUGCCACCGCUGCGCUUUUUCUAGCCACCGAGGAAGGCGGCGGCUUCAUUAGCGGCCAUAAUUUGGUGGUGGAUGGCGGCUUCACCUCUGCCUUUCGGAAUAUGAGAUUUAUUUACCAUCCAUACUUCGAUAACUGUCAAGAUCCCACGAUCCACACCUCUCCUGUUUAGUCUUUUUCGCUUGGCUGCAUAAGACAUGUAGAUUGUUUCUCAACUCACAAUGGUCGAUCGCCCUGCCAUUCAUUUCAUGGGAAGAUAGGACGACUUGAAUAGUAGUUUUAAUGAAAAUAAAAAUGGUUUUGUGUAGCUGUUAUGGAAAUUGUGGUUAGUGAGCGAAUUUUAAUCUAGUUCUUAAGGUUAUGUAUUCUGAAGUGAAAAAUAGGAAGGAUGUGGUUAAUCUGGUUUUAAAAUGGUUGACUAACCUUUCUGUUAUACACACAGUCAAAAAAUGAAAGGCGCAGUUAGUUCUGCGGAGAUCUGUAAUUUUCAACUUACCUUCGUGCUAUGUGGAAAUGGUGACGUUUUUGGAGCCAGAUUAUCUACCACCAAAUAGGAAUACCAAAACAGUUGAGAACUUGUAGGACAUUUGAAUAGUAGUUUUAAUGAAAAUAAUAAAAAUGGUUUUGUGUA